AUGAUUUACGGCAUCGAGCCCCUGUCUUCAUUUGGGCACGAGCCAUUGACGGCAACCGCAACUGAACAAAUCACGGCCACGCUCCACGCCUAUGGGGCGGCUCUGAAAAGUCGCAACGUGGGGGAAGCAGUCUCGCUCUACACCAGCGAUGGUGUGAUCCUGGCACCGCACUUCCCAGCAAGCGUGGGUGCACAGGCCCUGCACGACUCGUACACGCGGAUCUUCUCCAGCGUUCAGCUCAAUAUCUCGUUCCAUAUCGAGGAAAUUGUGGUGCAGUCGGACGAAUGGGCGUUCGCACGGACCACCGCCGAGGGUUCCAAGACGAUGCUGAAGACGCAGGAAACAGAGUCACACUCCAACCAGGAGCUCUUCCUCAUGAAGGUAGAGGGUGGACAGUGGAAGAUUGCAAGAUACGCAUUCUCGAGCAUGAAGCCACUGGUGCAAAACGGGGUCCGGAGAAGCUAA